AUUUUUUCUUUAGGAGAAAGAAUAGAUAACGGUCAAAUAUUAGUCAAUAAAUCAAUGCCAAUUGUGUCAAGCUCUUUGCAAACAGGUAAAAUUGUGUCUUUUGUGUCUGCAGAGGAAUUUUAUAGUUUAAGGCCUCAUUUACAUGAGAUCGGGACGAAGUCAAACCGGAAUGAAAAUUGAACUUGUCAACAUGUUUACAUGAAAUUUUCAAUUUAUUCCCCAUGCCAGGCUAUUUUCUUUUUAGUAGAUGGCUUUUGUUAGCAUGUGUUGUUCCAAUGUCAAGGUUAUAGCCGAGACCGGUCUGAAAUGUAUUUGUGUUUACAUUCAUCCCUGUCUGAAUUCAUGCCGGUCUGAAGUCAGUCGGCUCGGUCCAGCAGGCGGAAUGACUUGAGAUCGGUCUGAGUUAUUUUCGUCCCGGUCUCAUGUAAAAAUCUGUUAAAAAUAAUACUAUAUGACCGAAACGAAAUGGUCCCGGUUUGACUUCGUUCCGAGCUCAUGUAAACGGGGUUUAAACGAGCUCAUGUAAACGGACAAGAAAAUUUUUCUUUGUGUUAAAGUCAUUAGUUCCAACCCAGAGCUCGCAAGACAAAGAAAAACUUUCUUGUCCGUUCCAAUCCAGGAAUAAUUUUCCUGAGUGGAAACACCGAAACAAGCUUUAAAACGCUGGCUGUUUACCCUGAACGCGCGCGUUGGAGCAAGGGAAGAUUGCAUCCCUUGAUUUUCCAUUAUAGUCUCCAUAAUCUGUACCAUUAUUUUACAUAAGUUGUUGUAAGAAUUUCAUCCAAGCAAUUUACACGAAAUGCCGUUAAAUUAUCUUAUGACCAAAGUGAAGCCAUAUGAUUGGGGUUUUUUUCAGGAUCAAUGUCUGCCCGCGCGGAUUAUCAAGAUGUCCCAGUCAGGUAAGUCUCGUGAAUAGAAUCAGAUACGAAUAGAGCGCUAGUGCUAUUAUCUCUUGCUAAGGUGGUUCCCUAUAGUUUUAAAGAAACAGCAGCGAAAAAUAAGGUCUUCAAACAUGACGCAAAAUAUUUGCUGUUUAUGUGAAAUGGGGAUUUUUUGCAAGUAGAUUUUUUCGUGGCCUAAGCGACAGCAGACAACGAUUAAAUUUUGGACUAAAAUGAAUUUAUUAAAAUUUCCUUCGGUCAAAGUUUCUGAAAUUUUGUAGGUGUACAGGGAGUAUCUACCUAAAUAAAAACUCAGCAUUGUUUACUAGUUUUCUACUUGCCUAGCGUGUACAUCACUUGAAAAAUUUCAUCCAACAUAUCUCACUUUAAUAAUUUACUCAACAUAUAAUUAUCUUAUAUGUAGUAAGAAUUAUUUUUAUCAUGUAUUCUACCCAUUUUUGUAGCUACAAAGGACCAGUAAGCUGUUUUGCUGAGAAAGUGUUAGUAACGGCUAAUGACGAUGGGGUGAGUAUUGAUGUUCUCUUCUUUUCUGAAUAUUAUGGAAUGAGAGUAAUGUAAGGUCGUUGUUUAAAAAUCGAAUCUGUGGGCACUGAAGGGGCUUAGGUAAGUGUGUGCGCAGUAUUAAAGAGAUGUCCGUAUUAGAGAGAUGUCCGCAUUAGAGAGAUGUGAGUAUUAGAGAAGUGUCCGUAUUAGAAAGAUGUCAGUAUUAUAAAGAGGCGUCCGUAUUGGAGAUAUGUUAUUUGUUCUGGAGAAUCUCCGUAUUAGAGAGGUGUCCGUAUUAGAGAGGUGUCUGUAUUAGAGAGGUGUCUGUAUUAGAGAGGUGUCCGUAUUAGAGAGGUGUAUGUAUUAGAGAGGUGUCCGUAUUAGAGAGGUGUCUGUAUUAGAGAGGUGUCUGUAUUAGAGAGGUGUCUGUAUUAGAGAGGUGUCCGUAUUAGAGAAGUGGCUGUAUUAGAGAGGUGUCCGUAUUAGAGAGGUGUCUGUAUUAGAGAGGUGUCCGUAUUAGAGAGGUGUCUGUAUUAGAGAGGUGUCUGUAUUAGAGAAGUGGCUGUAUUAGAGAGGUAUCCGUAUUAGAGAGGUGUAUUAGAGAGGUGUCCGUAUUAGAGAGGUGUCCGUAUUAGAGAGGUGUCCGUAUUAGAGAGGUGUCCGUAUUAGAAAGGUGUCCGUAUUAGAGAGGUGUCUGUAUUAGAGAGGUGUCUGUAUUAGAGAGGUGUCUGUAUUAGAGAGGUGUCUGUAUUAGAGAGGUGUCUGUAUUAGAGAGGUGUCUGCAUUAGAGAGGUGUCUGUAUUAGAGAGGUGUCCGUAUUAGAGAGGUGUCUGUAUUAGAGAGGUGUCUGUAUUAGAGAGGUGUCUGCAUUAGAGAGGUGCCCGUAUUAGACAAGUGUCUAUAUUAGAGAGUUGUCCGUAUUAGAGAGGUGCAUAUGUUAGAGAAAUGUCAAUAUGGUGAGGUUGAGGUUGUAAUAUAUGUUUUCAACGUUUCAGGAUCCUCUUAUCAAAAUUCUUUUGCGUCAAACGCGGCGUCCUGAGAUUGGAGAUAAGUUCAGCAGUAGACACGGCCAGAAAGGGUGUGUAAAACAUUUUACUUUCGUUAUCAUUUGCAUCGUGUCUACUUUCUCGUAGCCCGCGUCCAGGCCCAAGGGAACUGAUAGUGGGCCUGCAAGCAAGGCCCGGUAUUUUGUAAAAUGCCCCUUUUCAUAACACGCCCCAUUCGCGCGUCAAUUGUCAAAAAAGAACCAAUGACAGCACCCAAAUAUUAACAAACAAACUCGCAUUAAAUGUUGCGGGGUUUUCUCUGCUUAUUCAGAACAUAAACAAUGUGUAAAUGGCAGCGUUUUAACUCCAAAAAAGCAAGCAACGCAGUCAGUAAUUGCCAAAUUUGCAAGUGCUCAUUUUCAACUAAAAUCGGAACAGGCAAAUUAGGACGAAUUUCAACAGAAAACCAGUCUCAAACUUCAAAUCGUGAGGGAAGUCGUGCGACCACAUUAGCAUUUAUAUUAUGUGUGCUUCGCUGUCGCCAUUGGCAUUGUUAUAAAUAAAUUGUCUCACUUAUCAGAUCGUGUGUGCAAUUCUUGUUGGCGGCGGAAAGUACGAAAUUUAUUUCAGUUAUUUCAUUUGGUAAAGAACUCUACAAAAGAAGAGAGCGUUCAGAGUCCAGAUCGUUUUGUUUCAAACGGCAAUUUAAUACCGUCUUCUGUUUCGCUCUCUCAGCGAAGCCUUGUAAAUCGCAAAGUGUUUCGAAUAGGCUUACAUGCAACUGCAUCUCAACAUCAACCAAAAGAUAAUUUUCUUGAGGAACAUAUAACGUAUCAAGUCUGUUUGAAAUUAAUGAAACUCAAGUAAAGGUUACUAUAGUUUACCCCAGUCGUAAUGUUGCUAUUCCAACACCUCACGACAAGCAAUCCCCAUUGGCAUAACGGCAAAAACAUCUCUUCCUUCAAGUAAACAAUAAACAGUCUGUUCUUGUUCCAUUUCGAAUAUUUUUGAGCUUAUCGAGAACCUUUGUGAUGAAUCACUGACCUAAUUAUAGAAUCCAACAACGAACAGCCAAUCAGAAUGCUGCGUUCGUGGGCGAACGCGGAAAGUACAAAAUACCAGGCCUUGCUUGCAGGCCCACUAUCAGUUCCCUUUGGCCUGCACGCGGGCUAACUUUCUCGCAAAAGUAUUUAUUUACAUAUUUCUACGCCAAUAAUUUUUGAAAUAUCUAAAAACUUUCAGCGUGGUUGGCCUGAUUGUGAAUCAAGAAGACAUGCCAUUUAAUGAAGUGGUAAGAUCGUGCUCUUUAAACCAAAUAAGAUUUUACAACUUGCAUUUGCAAACUAGAUGUGUAAUUUUCAACUUCCGCCCAUUGAGUAUAAAAUUAUGGAAAACAAAUAUUGAAGCAUUAUUAAUUUUAUAGUAUUUUGUGAUUCGGUCCCCGAGACAUUCGUGCUAUAUAUAUAAAUAAUCCGAAUGAAAUUUAAAUGCAAGUGUAAAAUCAACUUCUUGUUUAUACAUAUAAAAAUGGCGCUUCCUAAAAGGGCAUAAUUUAGUAUAUGCAAUAAUCUUUCGUGCUAUAUAUUAGUACCUCGAUAUACUCCGCAGACAAAGGCGACUAUAUAAAUUGCAUGUAUUCCCUUGAGCAUUCUCCGUAUACGCCCUAUAUAUAGUUGUUGAAACUGCUACGUUUUUUACAUACUUUUGCCCUUUCAUUAUUUAAUGAAAUUUUUUAAUCCAAAGUUUAAUCUCGUUUAUUUUAAUUCUAGGGUAUUUGUCCUGAUAUAGUAAGUACUUAAAUGAAUGAAAUUUUUAAUAAAUAAUACUUGAAAAAGUAAGAGGUUUGCCGAAAAGUAGAAAAACUCACCAUGACUUUGGCCAGAUUUAUACUAUACAGAUUUUGCUAUCCCGUCUGGACGAUCUUGGGCAUAGAAAAGAUAGUUCUCGUCUAUUUAUUCCCUGUGUAUAAUUAUAAACAAGCACGCAAAUUUUUCCUGAGUGCGAACAGUGGUUCGACACUUUACCUUGCGAUGGUAACUUCUAGUUUAUGAAUUAUCAGAUCAUGAAUCCACAUGGCUUCCCGUCUCGUAUGACGGUUGGUAAAUUAAUCGAACUGCUUGCUGGGAAGGCUGGCGUCAUGGACGGAAAACGGCGGUAUGGCACAGGUACACAUAUAGAAACAUCCAAAUCUAUAACACGGCUGGCAGAUAUAUGGUUAGUUUGGUAAAUAUCAAGAUUUUUGUGGCAUCUCACUCGAAUGAAUAAUAUUUGAUAUGUAUAUUGUAGAUGGAAAUUGUCGCGUGGAUUGGAAAUUUAUAUACAUUUAUUAAACCUAACCAGGAACAGAUGCGAAAAAAUGCAACUUUAGGUCCCUGGCAGGAAUCGAACCUGUGAUUCCGGUGCAGUGCUCUAACCAACUGAGCUACAGAGGCCAGUUGUCGAGCUCUAGCCACAAGUUUAUGUAUAUAUACUAGGGUACUGCCAUGUAUAGGUUAUGGGUAAAUAUCAAGAUUUUUGUGCCAUCUCACUCGAAUGAAUAAUAGUUUGCAUGAAGGGUAUUAUAGAUGGAAAUUGUCGAGUGGAAAUACUAUACAUGGCAGUACUCUAUUAUAUACAUAUGAACGUGUGGUAAGAGCUCGACAACUGGCCUCUGUAGCUCAGUUGGUUAGAGCACUGCACCGGAAUCGCAGGGCCGCAGGUUCAGUUCCUGCCAGGGACCUAAAGUUGCAUUUUUUCGCUUCUGUUCCUGGUUAGGUUUAAUAAAUGUAUAUAAAUUUCCACUCGACAAUUUCAAUCUGCGAUAUACCCAUCAAAUAUGGUUAGUUUACCCAGCAUUCCGUUAAUCAAUCAUAUAACAAGUCCAUAUAACAAGGCGUAAAAAAAUACCUGUGGUUCCGGUUCCCGACCAACCCUAUUUUUUUCUGCCGACCCUAUUAUUUUUUCAACGCGAUUGACCGUGCGACCCUAUUUUCUCCAGGUGGUUGCAGGCUGCUCGUACAGCGUGCCAAAAUGGCGUCUGUCGUCACACUAAUUAUUGAACCAAACUGCCUAAAUUCGUCCAUAGGAAAUACGCAUCUCAAGUUAAUAUUGAUGUCGGGACUCUACUGCAAAUCGCCCAGCAUUUAUUUCCGACCUACCAACCCUAAUUUUUUCACGAUAUGAAACCGGAACCACAGGGGUUUUUUUACGCCCAAAUGCCAUCAAGCUUGUUACAAUAACUGUGAAGAAGCAGUGCGAACACAAUUUGUCGACAGAUUGCGCAUGAACAGAUUUGUAACAACUUGUUUGCAGACCUGUAACAACUUGUGCAUUCCAGGUGAUCUUGAUACGCGGAAAAGUACUGGCACUAGUUGUCAAAUAGAAAUCCAUUUUAUGAUUGAAACAACUGAAUAUCUCCUGUAAUAUACUUUAUUUCGAUUCCAUAUUUUUGUCAGAGCUAUAGUUCUCAUAACCAAACAUAAUUACAAAAUUUCAACUAGUUUCAUAAAGAAUAACGAAAGAUAUAAUUGACUGAAUACAUCAACAAUAUAAUUGACUGAAUACAUCGGACAACCCUUUCUGAGCGCUGAUUGGCUAAAAUACGAACACAAGAUCACCUGGUUGUUAUACGUGUGUGGAUCACGUUUGAGCUGGGUUCUUCGUAAUUCAGCUGUCAGCUGCAAAAAGAGAUCAUUAAUUAGAACUCCUCCAUUACCUUUCCCUUACAUUUUAGCUUUUGCUGGUGAUAAAGUGCAUGACGUUGGUCAAGUUUUGGUUGAUAAUGGCUUCAAUUACGAUGGAAAAGAUUACUUUACGUCAGGAAUAACGGGGUAUUCAUUUAUAUAUUGCUAUACAUGUAUAUAGAUUUUCUAAAAUUUUAUAAUUCUCAAAUAUUCGGCCGUAAAGUAAAACUUAGGGGUGCCAACAUAUAUAGUCUUAUUCACCAACGUAUGUUUAGGUUAUGUAAGAAAAUACUAGUGGUUGACCCAUUUUGCACGGAAUUUACCGAUUAUUCAUGUCACAAUCUACCCGACGCCAAUUUUAUAAUGACGUCAUACCAUCAGUAGACCGAGUAAAGGUGUCGAUUUGUUGACGAUAAUUUCCAACGUAACAUGUUACUGCAACCAAAGAUCGUUAAAAUCGUUAAUAAAUGGCACGUUUCACGCAUUAAUUUAACAUGUUGCAUUGGAACGCAACCUGCAAUGCAUAUAAUAAACAUAGGUACAGUAAUUCUACCGAUUCCUAUUGUCUACCGCUGAGGCAAAAAUCGGCCCGAUGCCGAUUAUCGGUCAAUCGAUAGAAAAUAAAAAAAUUAUCAGACUUAAAGAUACUCGGCUUCGCUUCGUAUCUGUAUAUCUGAUAAAACACUGCUGCUCAUAUUUUAAAUAGUACAUAAUCUUCUAUAUAAUAUGCUUUAGUGAACCUCUGGAGGCGUACAUAUAUUCUGGUCCUGUUUACUAUCAGAAGUUAAAACACAUGGUCAUGGAUAAAAUGCAUGCUAGAGCCAAGGUAAUUAAGAUAUUAUAGUACUCAUUUUCGCUCGGUCUUAUAGCUAUACAUACGACACUUAUAGCUAUACAUACGACACUUUUACCACACGGACUGCAUUUUCUAAAUUUUCCUACAAACGCCUGCGCUAUACGCAGGAUAGAACAGUGCCGAAAAAUCACGCUUAGUUAUGGGGCUGUUCAUGCAUGGUCAAGCUGGCCCGCGGAGUUGCAAAAAGCUGCAGGUAUGUGGGUACCACCCGUGAGGAAAGUUUACCGUAUGUUAAGCGAGUUAAGUCAGUGAGGCAGGUUCAAUAAAUCUACUCAAAACUGACACCAUAAAACAAAGAAAUGACAUAUACUUGACUAGGCAGGUUAAGGUUACAGGACACCCUUUUUGGCGUUUUGUGCAAAAUCGCUACUGCGCGCUCAAUAUCAGUCCGAUUUUCAUCAAAUUUUCACCAAAUGUUCUCCAGUGCAUGCAAAAUAUGGUAAAGUUGUAAAAUUAACAAGCAAUAAAAUAAUGUAAGAAUUAUUCAGGAAAAUCUUAAAUCGCGGUACCUUUACGCUUUUGAGUUGUGCUCCUGCUGGUUUUAAGUUAUAUUUAUGAAAAUAUCAUUUUUAUACAGUACAAUAGUUGUUCUAAAAAAUUGUGUUCGGAAAUUUUUGUUUAUUUCGUCAUUCCGCUGAUAUGGCGAUUUCUUUGACGACUGCAAUAUAUUUCUGAAUUGUUUGAGUGAAUUGCUCUUUAUUUUUAAAAUAUCCAAAAUUAAAAAAAAGCCGAACACGAUUUUGAAACUGACGUAUUUAGCUAUGUCCUGUGAAAAUUUGAGAAAAAUUGGUUAAAACCCGCCGGAGCAUAACUCGUUUGAAAAUCAGUAAUUACCGUAAAAUUUUUCGUGAGAAAAUUGAAUUUGAAUAUUACAUUUUCAAUGUUUUUCUUAUUGCAGCGAAAUGUAUUUUAUUAAAUAACUCUGCGAGUUUUCAACAUUUUUCGUUCAAACUUGGUCAGAUAGUAGAACUAGUCUAAUGCUUUCAUUGAAACCAAUAAAAAAAAAUUAGGCAAAAUUAACACUCAAAGGUGUUCUGUAACCUUAAGGUUGGUAUGAUGCUGAUGUUGUGCCGGUCGUAAUGUAUACAGUGCAACAUUUCUUAAAGCUGCAUGGCCGCUGACAAUACCGGGCUAACCCCGGCUCGUAUGAACAGACUCUCAGAUGAUGAUUUUUCCUUAUCAAAGUGAGAUAAAAUACCUCUAUAUAUAGUCGUAACUAAAAUGUGGCCAAGAUUUUUGUGGCUAAAACGUCCUAUAGAGGCAUUCAUUAGUGUUUUUACUUUUUCAUUUUAGGGUCCUCGAGCCGUAUUAACCCGACAGCCGACAGAAGGUCGCUCAAGGUAAAUGUAGAUGGAUUUUGUAGGUGUGAAUGUCGAGUGUGAAUUUUAUACAUUUAUUUAGCCCUGGGCAAACUAGGAAACAUUGUUGCUGUAACAUUGUUUCCUGCCAAUGUUUCGCCAUGUUUCCCAGAGUGUGCAAACACUAGGAACUCUAACAUUAGUGAGAAACAUUAUGUAGGGAAACAUCAAAUGUUUCUGAAUUUGGUAGGAAACAUUUUUGCUUCCCGGGAAGCAAAUUUUGUUUCCGCAAUAAUGUUUCCACGGGUGGGCAAACAUGGAAACAUUUGAGGAAACAUCGAGAAUCUUGUGAAUGUUACCGCAACAAUGUUUUCUAGUUUGCCCAGGGCUUUAGACUCUAACCAGGAGCAGUUACGAAAAAUUCAGCCAUGCAUAAGCCCAGCACACACUAGUAUGAGCUGUAUGAAUUCAACCCCGCCCUUGCUAAACGCCAUAACAAAGAAAAGUUUGAAAGAUCUUAUUGCACUUGACUUGGUUCAACUUGAAUGCUAGAUUUGGUGGAUAGUAGUGAGCAUAUAUAGAGAGUAUAUUAUAGACGGUUGCGCGAGGACGUAUGGAUUUUAUGUUCGAUCGAGUGGCAAAACCAAUAUCUCGCGAGUGAGCGCAGCGAUCGAGUGAUGUAGUGACAUAUAAGUUCUAUGCGAGUGUUUUAGUUUCCAGUAAAACACCAUUGUCCAUAUAAUAGAUACUUUUAUUAUAUGGCAAGCAUGUGUUUUGAUGAAUCGCGCAAUUUGAUUGGCUGCUGACGAGGCAGGAUUUUCCCGUAUUGCCCACUGGCAAUACGCAAUUUUUAUUGCCCUGCGACGAGAACCGAGUUUCAAACGGCGAAACGUGUCUAAAAGUCUUUCAAACCAUAAUUCAAAACGAAGAAAAAUAAACCUAAAUUGAUUAUUUGUCGCGUUGUGUAGGGAAGGCGGAUUGCGAUUGGGCGAAAUGGAAAGAGAUUGUUUGAUCGGUUAUGGAACAAGGUAACGUUUGCUCUCUUUUACUUCCCAAAAAAGCCAGUAACAAUUCUCAGAUAAAAAACUCCGGCUAAGUAUACCCUUUGCUUUCCUUUACGCAAAUCCAACGCGUUACAUUUUAUAUUAUAAUGAAGCAUUUGACCAGUACUAGAGAGACGUGUGUACGAGAGAGAUGUCCGUUUUCGAGAUGUGUUCGCAUUCGAGAGGUGUAUGUAUUAGAGAGGAGUCCAUUAAGAGGGAUUUAGACUAUGUUGUAAUUCAGUAUGUUUGAAUUUGAAAAAAAGUAUUGCCUUCUAUAUCGACUAUAUUGAAUUCGCAGAAGGCUAUAGUUAUUCGGAAUCUAUUUCUUAGUAUAAACAGAUGAUUAAACACGAUUCAAAUCUUACCGCAUUGAAGGAAUAUUUCAAUCUGAAUUCUAAUUUCGCAAUCAUUAAAUCAGCGGAGCAAAAAAACACCUAUCCGAUACGGAAUGUACAACUUUCGGAAGCUGACCGAAACAACAUCUCUCCCUUGCAUGCAAAUAGCUGCCUGAAAAUAGCUUUCCUAAAAGGUACGGGUAUAGGUGUUCUUUCAUGUCGCUACGAAAAGCUAUCCGCGUAUAAGUGUAAACGUAGCAUAUAUAACCCUUCAUCGUCCAUUGCUUGUAUGAUGAACCCCUGACUUGGGUGAAUUGGGCAACCACACCCUUUGUGGUGGAUAUUAAAUAUAUAACUAGAAGUUACUAUCGCAAGGAAAGUGCUGCCUCAUCCCGCUUUCCAUUGUAUAAGCAUGUAAAGCCCCCUAAGACACCUGUUCAAGAGGUAGGAAAAGUGCAAUUUGAAUACAAAAACACCUUGCACAAUGUCGAAUCGAAGGUCAGCUAAAUAUUCUAAUUCUACUUUCUUGGCAUGGACAGUUUUACACCUUCAAUGCUUAUAAUUUCUUACUUCUGUAUGUGUAAUUAUAAGUGGCAAAGACUGUUAAUGAGCGAAACUAGCCCCUUUUAAUUCGGGGGGUGUCUGCCAGAGUUGCCCUGCCAAAACCGAUGAUGCCCUGCAGCAAAUUUUUAUUUCUGGUCACUAUUUUCCCCAAGAUGUGGACAUUAAAAAAAGGGUCAAAAAUAUUUUCCAGACAUAAAACAGUUAAAUUAAGGGUCAAAAAAUUUUUCCGUACAAAUUCCUGUUAAAACAUGGGUGAAACCCAAUAUCUGUAAAAUUUAGGUCUGUAAAUUCUAUUCAAUUCCCUCUGAAAGCCCUGUAAGUUACUUCAUAACUCUACAUUCUAUCAUUUAAAAUCUUUGAUUGCCCUGCCAAUCCAGAUGAUUUGCCUUGCCAAUCCACAUGAUUUGUAUUUUUUAGGGGGGGUGUCACCCCCCUCCAUACCCCCCUCAAGUUUCGCCCCUGUAUAUAACUAUUCUAAAUAACUAUUCUUUCUCUAGUAUGUUGCUAGUUGAACGUCUGAUGAUUUCCAGUGAUCAGUUCGAAGUCGACGUGUGUUCAAAGUGUGGUUUGAUCGGUUAUUCUGGUUGGUGUCAUUUCUGUCAAUCCUCGCACGACAUAUCCUCAAUAAAGAUUCCCUACGCAACAAAGUUGUUAUUCCAAGAGUUGAUCGGUAUGAACAUUAUACCUCGAUUAACUUUGAAACCCAGUGUUGAGUAAAUUGUAUGUAAUUUAAUCGAAGUUAUUUAAAGUCUGUUGAACUGUUCGAUGUAAUAUCAGAUGUAUUUUUGUUCUGGUUUUGAAGUACCACUAACCCCAAGUAUGGGUUUUGGCUGAUGUAAUGUUUUGGUAUUUCUGAAUUUCCUUUCUUUGUGGAAAGCAACCUAAGACGACAUGGCGUGUUUAAAUAAAGUUUUUACUACUACAUUACUAUACUACUAUUAGACGAACUAAAAAUCUUUAUCAACUUUUUCAUAGCUGCCAUACCGGGUGUCGCAAAUAAAAUUGGACACUGUUUGAUUUCUCAUAGUUAAUAGAGGAGAUGGUUUGGAAACUCGUUAGCAUUACAAUAAAAUCACAAUAAACCUCAUUAUCUAUAUGUUGUUCAGGUUUAUGCAAAAAUGUAGUCUUUCAUCGUCACGUGCGUAUUGUAUUUUUCUCAAGUCAACCAAUAGGAAUGUUCAAAAUGUCCUAUUGUUAAAGUCAUGGAUGGGCAAUUGGACAAAACCGUCGCUAUUGGCUGUUUGAGCAAAAAUACAAUACGCACGUGACGAUGAAAGACCACAUUUUUGCACAAACCUGAACAAAAACAUAGAUAGUGAGGUUUCCAAACCAUCUUCUCCAUUAACUAUGAUUUCAUAUAACGUAAAAGCUAUGAAAGCUAUCGCAAUGAUGCAGUAUUGAGCGAGAUACAACCAAAAUAAAAAGAUUCAUUAUUUAACAAGUAUAACUACUAACGUCGGUAAUUAUAAGGUUGCUUUAUGCUAAUUUUUGGCAUUUUCAAAAACAGUAGUUGAACGUUCAAACAUCAAUAGCGCAGUCGAUAUUGCAUGUAAAUUCAAGUGUUUUAUAUCAAAAUGUAAGUGAGUCCUUUAUUUAUUUAAUUUACCCAAAAACAGGAAGGGCGCACCCACAGAGCCGAAGCUCCAAUAACGGGUUCCCCGCGUGAGUUGUAAAAUACAUAGAAAUAUUGUAUACAAAGAGUUAAACACUAAAUAGUGCAUCACAACAAAAAAUAACAAAAAGUCAUCACAUAAUAUAAAGAAAGGGCACUAGCAGCACAAAGUGUCACUGAGUGAAUCUAAAGGACGGGCUUUGUGACAUUUGACACAAACAGUCUUGUAUGUGUGCGGCAAUUCUGGGUUAUAAACAUUAGAAGUUAAUAAAAAAUAGUAAUUAAAUAGAC